AUGUUCGUUUUCAGUAUUGUCCUUUAUCUCCUCGGCGCCCUUCCAGUUAAUUUGCGAGCCUCGUUGAGGUCGCAUGUGGAAGUGACAAAAUCGCUAAUUGCUGGCUUGUGGCCAAUCUCUCGAUCGAAAAACAUGAACAGUUGUCUCUCUCUCCUUUUAAUUCUUUCUUUCUCUUUCUCUCUCUCUCUCUCACAUACACAUACCGUAUAUAAAUGGCACUCUCUUUCUAUGCAUACUAAUCUAUAUACCCGCCUCUAUGAUCUAUUUAAAUCUAUCUAUCUAUCUAUCUAUCUAUCUAUCUAUCUAUUUAUCUAUCUAUCUAUCUUUUUCCUCGACAUCUCAUUAAUGAAAUCUAUCUAUCUAUCUAUCUAUCUAUCUAUCUAUCUAUCUAUCUAUGCGACGCACUUCUCAAAAUUAUUAUUCUUAUGCUUGUAUUUUCCUUUUCUUCUUUCUUCCCUCUUCUUUAGUUUUCUUUACCUUCCCGUCACUCUGUUUCUCUUUGCUUUUUCUUAUUUUUUUCUUUAUAUCUCAGUCGAUCUGUUUAGUUAUUUUUUUUUCUUCGUCUGUUCACUGUCUCUGGCACCGACCAAUCUAGAAACAAAAGUCGUUCAAUUCGAGUUUUCAGCCAUCGCCGUUAGCAACGAUACCGCCAUCGACAGAGCUUUCUUCUCUUUCUUUUUUUACCUCCUCCAUUUUACCAUAUCUUUAUUUGUCCCGUUUUUUUUUUUAAGUUUUUCUUUCUUUUUUAUUUUUUUGAUAGAUUUUUUUUGUCAUUAUCGUUGCCGUCAUUGUCGGCGAUUUGUCUUUUCUUUCACUUUUUUUUAUUUUGUUAUUCUCUUUUCAGAAUUUAUACUUCUUUUUCUUUUAUUUACAUUCUUUUUUCCUUUUUUCUCAUAUUAUUUCCUUUUUUCCUUUUUUCUUCCCCUUUCCUUCUUUUUUUCCCCAUUUUUCCCUUUUUUUUCUCUUGUUCUUAACAAUAAUAUUAUCAUUACGACUAUAACGUUUCCCUUCUAUAUGAUCCGUGUUCGUAUUUUUUGUGCUUUCUUUUCUCUCAUUCUUUUGAACUUACUCUUACCUCGACUUUCUCGCCACAUAUUUUUUUUUUUUAAAUCUCCUUCAACAUAG